CAAAAGCGAUUUUGUGGCGAAAUUAUCACAUAAGCAAACGGGCCACAAGACACAGGCACUUCUUCUUUGCGCGCCCUCCGCAGUCGUUUCCGUUUGACUGUGUGGGCAGCAUGGCUUGUGCUGCUUCGCUCCACCCACUGUCUUCUUCCUCCCGUGCUCUCUUUCCAACUCUCUGCCGCCGGUCGACCUUUCCCGCCAUCUUCCACCGGCUCAGGGGUUUCUCCUCAACCAGCCCCCUAGUAUCCACCGUGAACCGGCUGAUUCCGGUCCCCACACAGGCCAGGACAGGCUUCUCAGUCAAAGAAGAUGAUGUGGCCUCCGCUGCUGAUGUGGAAUUUCAAACCCCUCUGAGAAUUGUGGAGUAUCCGGACCCGAUUCUGAGAGCGAAGAACAAGCGAAUCGAUUCUUUCGACGAUCAUUUGAAGAAUUUGGUAGAUGAAAUGUUUGAUGUAAUGUACAAGAGUGAUGGGAUAGGGCUCUCGGCGCCCCAAGUAGGGAUCAAUGCGCAGCUCAUGGUGUUUACUCCGGUUGUUGAGUGUGGCGAAGGGGAGGAAAUUGUGCUUGUGAAUCCAAGGGUUACCAGAUAUUCCCAGAAAAAGCGACCCUUUAACGAGGGUUGCUUAUCCUUCCCGGGAAUUUAUGCUGAUGUUGUGAGACCAGAAACUGUGAAAAUAGAUGCACAGGAUAUUAAAGGUGCGAGGUUUACAGUCAGCUUGUCAGGUCUUCCAGCACGGGUGUUCCAGCAUGAAUUUGAUCAUUUGCAGGGCGUUCUCUUCUUCGAUAGAAUGAGUGACGGAGUUCUUGAAACCAUUUGUGCACAGCUACAGGCCUUAGAAAAGAAGUACGAGGAUAGGACAGGACUCCCGAGUCCUGAAAGGGUCGAAACCCGCAGAAGGAUGAAGGAUGCUACUGGCUUCGGAAAAUCGCAGUUGGUAUAGGCCUCCACAAACACUUGAAGAGCUUAUAGAUGUGAAAGCCCGGUGAUGUAAUUUAUUAUUUUGUUUACCCACACAAAUUAUACAUUUUCUGGCUUAAUUAUAUAAUUAGUCACACCAUCAUUAAUCUUGAUUAA